GAAAUAAUAACACACCUACGCCCCUGCCCACCCACACCACAGUGUCUCUUCCUAUUCCUGCGAAUCCCUAAUUCCCUUCCUCUCCCUCCCUCUACCUUCUCCGGGAUACAUGUUGCCGCCGUCAACUACUCCAACGCUAGUCACGAAACUCCGACCAGGGACCUUGAUGUCGAAAAUACUGCGGCGAUUGAACCUCCCCAUCCGUCGUUAUCUUCUCCAGCAAUACCUUCUUCCUCUAAUCCGGCGCUAGAGUCCUCUCCGUCACCACCACUGAGUUUUCCUCACCGUCAAAGUUCUUUUCCUCCCCCGCAACCCAUCGUUGGCCUCUUCCUCUAAUCCGACAUUGGCGUCCACAAUGAUAACCUUCACUUAGAAUUCGCAAAAAAGAAGGGCGGCGACGAGAUCAUCACACACGAGACCCCUAUUGUCCAAAUCAAGAGAAAAGUCGCAAGAUUUGUGAGGGCGAGUUGCGAACCGGCGACGGGAACAUUCAUUUCGAUUGGACCUUGCCUAUAUUGUUGCGGUGGUUUCAAUUAAGGGAGCAUGAACAAGAGAAGGCAAAUCUCAUUCAAAUGUCGGACUCAUACCAGAGAGGACAAGAUCAUCAAAGGCACAUGUAUUAGCCCCAAUGCUAAGCGGCAUCUACAUUUUCCACUUUUGGACUCUCAUUUCCUUCUCUUCAAUCUUACAUUGUAAACUCAUUACUCUGUUGUUGUUGUUCA